AAAGGAUCAUCUUUCGUGCCCAAGACGAGAAGUGACAGGUAUAAACUCAUCAGAAGAAUUGAAGAACAGAAAGUUUUUUUGAACUUGUUAAAGUUAAUCAGUAUGGUUGAAAACGAGAAACCUUGGCCCGAGCCUGCUCCAGAUUGGCCUGAAGCGAAAAAAACUUGGAAAUUGGCUUGGCCAUUUCAUGUUUAUCUGUUCACAGCAUUGAACGUUUUGGUAGUGAUUCGCGGCACGUACGAAUUAGUCAAACGGGGAAAAACGCAUUUUAUGAGGAAGGAUCACCGCUUCCUUAUGAAUUUACUUCUUCUAGCGUUCGGCUUAAGUCGUACAACGUACUUGCUUUGGAAUCCGUACGAAUCAGAUCCUGAUGUAACUAAAACAGUGCUGGUAAUCUGCAUCGUCAUGUUUGGUAUCGGAACUGCGUGUAUUGUAUCAGCAUUUAGUUUUGUGCUGUUGAUCGUUCUAGAAAGCACUCGCAUUUCCCUUGCUCCCAGUAAGUUUCAAAACAGAGGAUUUUUCCUUGGACUUUUCAUCGUCAAUGUUAUUUAUGUGAUCGUGUCUGAUUUAAUCGUUGCGCAUUUCCACGAAGCUAAGGCGAUGAUCGUCGUUUGUCAAGUUAUGUUUGCUGCCUGGGGAUUUCUAAUUGCGUUCGGGUUUACCACAGCUGCCGUACGACUUUGGCGCAACUUGAAAGCUUCUCGCCAAACCUCUCAGUAUGGCCCUGUUCUGGCUGCCGAGAGUAUGAAGAUCACAAGAUUGGUCAGUUUGCUUUAUUCGGCCUCGUUUUGCGGAGUGUUGAUGUUCUCAACAAUUGUUUACUCAGCUUUUGGCGCAACAGGAGUGAAUAACAAAUCUGGAUUUGUCAGGAUAUGGCCUUGGAUUGUAGUGAAGACGUUGAUGCGAACAUUAGAGGUACUGAUGUGCUUGCUUAUAUACCUAGUUGCUCUAAAGACAAAAACUUCUAACUCUACAAAAAAUAAUCAGAUCAGCAACGACUCGACGCUUGAGAGGAUAAACUGCUCGAAUCAAACAUCUUGAAGCACCUGAGACAGUUUUUUAUUCGAACGUCUUUUUCCUUAAAGUUAAAACUCCGACCACCUUACACGGGACGUGGCAUCCCUUCAUUGAAAGGAAAAAUUACUUAAUGGCACUGCCUUUGGAGAGAAUAACCUUGGUUGCUCGUUCAUUCUAAUUUAUCAUUUGUGACCCCAAGGAAAUUUUUUAAAUUUCUGGUGGAAAUUACACGAAAAUAAACGAUUAUUCAUUUGUUUACUUUUUUUCUCCAUAUAUUCAUGCUCUUCGGUGCUGAUGUUUUUAUUCCACGCUUAAUUUACAAAUUUUGUACCAGAUAUGCGUUUAAGGACCGGAACGGGUACAAAGGCGAAGCUUUUAUUUUUACUCUGUGCUUUUUUUUGUACUUGACACAAUUUGUGAUAUCAAUUAUAGCCAAAUUAAGGCAUGAUCGAGAGCCGCUCUUUUGUUUUUCCCAUUUUCAACUAGUACAUCUAGAGACCGAUUGAUAUGAAAAGUACUUAAGGCAUUUAAUUUAACCAUUUAUUUGAACUUAUCUUGCUUUGCUUUUUUCCGCCUACGUACAAAAAUAUGGGUAAAGUGAAUACUCAAUAUCUUUGUAUUGUUUAGGGAUAAAAAUUGGAAAAUUUAAAAGCUCUGCGGAUAAAAUGUAUAUUCUUAUGAGACUAAGA